AAAAAAAAAUUGACGUCGGAAAAGCAGAGAUAUAUUUUUGCUGGAUGGUGGGCUACGUGUUUCUCAUCCCGGCUUUUGUCUUUUCGGCCCCUGAUCUGCUCUCCAUCGGAGUCCUCCCACACAUCCUUUAUUCGGUGCAUUCUAACACAUUCCAGGCUCUGCCGGCCUCAUUAGCAGCCUCCACUGUGAUUGUGAUAGAAGACUCUAUAAAUACGCUGCAAAUGGAUGUAGGGCCCAUAUUUAAAUUACAGAAUCGGCGUAGAAAGGUCAAUAAAUAAUCGGAUAUAGUAAACAAAAGUUAAGUAAUAUAUUUAAAAACGUAUAUAAUGAUAUACAGCUUGUUUCAAGAAAAUUCCAAAGGGAACUGGAGGGUGUGUACCCUCGUAGAAUACAUGGAGCGAGAGAGAGACAAACAGGGAUAGACACACACACAAACACACACACACACACACACACACACACACACACACUCUCUCACACACACACACCAUUCUGUAAAGGUUACUUUGCUAUACUAAGCCAUACGGUGUGUCUUUCCAGUCUGUGCCGACCUCCAGGGAUAUCGAUAUUCCAUCUUUCCCUCAAUUUUCGACUUGGUCGACAGAGACAGCCCAAUCCUGGGGCUGCAUCCAUAUUCCGCUCUCAACAUCAAGAGAUCCUCUCUCUGUACUCUGCUGAAGGAGCAAACGUUUAUGUGUGUGUGUGUGUGUGUGUGUGUGUGUGUGUGUGUGUGUGUGUGUGUGUGUGUGCCCCUCCUCAUGGGGCACUCUGCGACAAUAGAAACAGAGUGUGCCAUGUCCCUGUGUUAAUACCCACUCGUGUCUGGCAGAUGGUGGGUUUACUGUUGAGUGGCUUCUCUUUUGUUGGGACCGGGAGGAAAUAAAGGGGCGCACCCAGGAGGCCGUGGAACGUGAGAGACAACAUCAACAUUCAAGUUUGUUUGUACAGCCCUUAUCACAAUAACAGUCUCCGAGGGCUGCCCAGGCAACAGCAACAGGUGGAUUAGACGGGCACCUCCGGAUCCAUUGACUCCAGGUUUAGGAUGGAAACCUGGAUACAUUUUGAAUGUUCAUGUGUGGGCGAACUACUGAACUGGUGUUGACAGAAUGCAAGUUUGGGAAAUAAAUGUCCUUCGAUGUUUUAUGUAUUUUCUGCUCAGAAUUGUAUACUUUUAUUUAUAUCUAUUUUUUUUUUUUAUAUCUUUGAUUCCAGCCAUUUCGUCAUUGAGAUCAGAUCCAGUUAUCGCACUGGAGAAGGAGAAAGAGGACUUCUCCUUGCCACUGGUUUGGUAGCGAUGCAGAGUUGUUUAACCACCUGUCUUUGUAGAUUCUAAACAUAGAUCUCCAGCUAAAUAAAAAAAAGACCACCAUGCCUGAUACAUACUCAAGAUGGGAUCCAAGGCUCCCUAUACUUUCAAUUUAAGAUGCCAACAGUUACACUUGAAUAACGGUAAGGGAUGUUCAUUUGAUUUUCUAAUGAAACAGGGAUAACUUUGUUCAUAUAGCGGAGGCCCAAGGUCUAACUUUGAAUACAUUUUGAGAUUCUUGACAUUUGAGAAUAUUGAAAAAGGGUAUUAGACCAAUGUAGCUGUUUUCUUUGUCGGGAACAAAUGCAACGGCAAAAAAAUAACUAUUUUGGCACACUUGCACGCAUGCGCAAUCGUCCGUAGUUCAGAAAUGGACUGGGCUGUAGUGCCACCUGUCGAGCCUAAUUGAUAAUAUUGUUUCCCCAAUUUCAAAAGAUAAUUCGAUAUAAAUCCCUAAUGAAUUAAUUGUUUUGUUUAACAUGACGCCUAGAUUGCCAAAGAAACCAAUGAGCAUCAAAAAAUGGCGCGUUUUGAGUAACCAAAGUCCCUACUCAUAGAGUGGCGCAUAAAGUCACGCCGUUUCCGGUAGAGCCCAUGGGACCUAUGAGAUCGAAAAAUAUGAAUGGGUUUCAACGGAGAGAAAGUAAUUAUUUUCUGGUCCCAGUCUUUAUAUGCCCCGGAUUACACAUAUGUUGUUUAUGGAUUUAAAUGAUCAUUUUUCAUCCAAAGCAAACUAAACAUUUUCGUGUUUAGAAGUUUGAUAAUGUUACGUAUUUUCCAAGGGGAGGAUAAAAGCAUCGAAAGAGGUGAAAACCAUUAGUUGGGGCAUGUGGAUGGUUUGAGUUAUGCCGAUGGGAAGAUUGUCGGUCUUGUCCACCCCAGUCGCAGGGAGCGUGACGGCACAUACGUGACAUGUAGUCUUUCUCAUUGUGUUUUCACUACAGCCUUUAACUGAACAAUUGCACAAUAAACGGUCAAACUCUUCUCCAUUUAUUGAAAAAUUAUCAUUUUAAUUAUUUUUCGAUCUCAUAGGUCCCAUGGGCUCUACCGGAAGAGGCGUGACUUCGCCACUGCUAUCAUCAGAACUCUCAGCUGCAGCGGAUUAAGCUAAUUAACUUUUUCUCUGUCGCCUACGUUGCACCCGAGACGUGUCGCUUCCUCUGCACACAAUCCAAUCUGUCCUCCAUUUCGCAAAAUACAACGGUAUUCAAGUUGCCGUGGUUUUAAUCGUUAAAGAAUACAUGCACUCAUCGACAUGCAGUAUUAUCCUAUUUGUUGACGGUUUAAAAAAAAAAAUAAUUAAACCAAAAACGGAACAUGCUAGGAUUUGUGACAUUAAAUGAAGCCAGCCAACUGCUGCACAACAAAUUUGUUGUGAUUCUCGGUGGUUCAGUACAGCGCUCCAUGUACAAGGACCUCGUCCUGCUGCUUCAGAAGGACACGUUCCUGACGAGCUCUCAGCUGAAGUCUAAGGGUGAAGCUUCAUUUGAACACGACGGCCUGGUUGAAGGUGGCAGUCUGGGGCCCUUGGGCAAUGGCCCCGGCUACAGGGAGGUGCGUCAGUACCGCUCGGAGCACCACCUGGUGCGCUACUACUUCCUGAGCCGCGUCUACUCGCCCUACAUGGAGAGCAUCCUGGAGGACCUCCGCGGAGGCCUCAAGCCAGACCUCCUCGUCGUCAACUCCUCUGUCUGUGACGUGUCCAGUUACAGGUGUAGGCGAGACUGGUUUCCCCAGUAUCUCGGGAACCUCCAUAAGUUCUUUGAGCAGCUGAAGACGGUGACUACUGACGCCUGUAUCCGGGUGUGGAUCCUCAACACAACCGGGCACCUGAAGCUCAGCCUGCAGGGCACGGCCAUGGAGGCCAACCUCUGCAGCGGCACGCUGGCCCGGGCGUACGGCCUGGACGUCCUCGACCUGCACUACCACUUCCGCUGCCUCCUGCCGCACGGCGGGCCGCACGGCGGGCCGCACGGCGGGCCGCACGGCGGGCCGCACGGCGGGCCCUGGGAGGGGCGCGCCCAGCGCUGGGCCAGCGCGCUCCUGCUGCACCACGUGGCGGCGGCCUGGGGGGUGGAGAUGAGCCCUCUGCCGCUCCUGGGUCUCAGGCCGGCCAGCAGGGCCAUCCGGGGGCCAGCGGGCCCGGCUGAUUUCCCCAGCAAUCACUUGCCACCCUUCCAGUGGGAUCAUUGUCAACCAAUCAGACGCCAGUUGCCCUCGUAUAACAUACCAUCAAACCCAGGAAAAGGCGUCCCACCCCUUCCUUGUUUCUGGCCGAGAUUACCUGUGAUGAGGAGGCGGGACGAGUUUCCCUCGCGGCUGGCCAGAGUGCACCCCUAUCAGCCCCCUCCCUGGAAGGUCAGACCCAGGCCCCCCCAUCAGCCCCCUCCCUGGAAGGUCAGACCCAGGCAACCGAAUCAGCCCCCUCCCUGGAAGGUCCUGCCCCCCUGGCAACCGUAUCAGCCCCCUCCCUGGAAGGUCCUGCCCCCCUGGCAACCGUAUCAGCCCCCUCCCUGGAAGGUCCUGCCCCCCUGGCAACCUUACCACCCACCUACCUGGCAGGUCAGGCCCCCCCAUCACCCCCCUCCCUGGAAGGUCCUGCCCCCAAGGCAACCUUAUCAGCCCCCAACCUGGCAGGUCGGACCCUGGCAACCGUAUCACCCCCCUCCCCGGCAGAUCAUGCCCCCCUGGCAACCUUACCACCCACCUACCUGGAAGGUCAGGCCCAUGCACCCUGGGGGCUAUUGGUGAGCCACACCCCUCACAACAGACCCAUAACCCUGGGGGCAGUUGGUGAGCCACACCCCUCACAACAGACCCAUAACCCUGGGGGCAGUUGGUGAGCCACACCCCUCACAACAGACCCAUAACCCUGGGGGCAGUUGGUGAGCCACACCCCUCACAACAGACCCAUAACCCUGGGGGCAGUUGGUGAGCCACACCCCUCACAACAGACCCAUAACCCUGGGGGCAGUUGGUGAGCCACACCCCUCACAACAGACCCAUAACCCUUGUCUGCCGAAGCCAGGAACUUUUAUGAAGGAGCAGGACCACACUGUUGAGUGGAAUGAUCAAAGAUUGGCAUGUCCAAUGUAUUCUUUACCCUGGGGGAAGGAAAUGCACUACCUGUAUUUUACCAUGUACUAUAAUGACUGUAUUUUAUGAAUGUGUCUGUAUUAUGCAAAAAUAUUUUUCCAAAUCUGAUGUAUUUGUUUGAAUGUUUCUUUUAGUCAUAGUUAUGUAUA